AUGAAUAAUUUGUUAUCAUUUAUACUAUUAAAUCUUUUAGUUUUAUUAUUUUGUUUGAAGUCAAUUGAAAAUAAUGAUAAAAGUUUAGUUAAUUCUUUUAAUAUCGAAAAUGUUCCAGCACCAGUAGUUUUAAAUGAUGAUGAAGAUAAACAUAUUAUAGAAAAAAGACAACGUCGGAAUAGAAGACGUCAAAGAGCAAGAAGAAAUAGAAAACAACUUACAAAUUCUUUAAAUGCUAUAGUUGCACAAAUAGCUGUAUUAACUCAACAAGUUAAUAAUCUUCAAGCUCAAGUAUCAAAUAUAGCAGCAACAACAGCUGCAACAACAGCUGCAACACCACCACCAAAUCCACCAAAUCCACCAAAUCCUCCAAAUCCACCAAAUCCACCAUAA